UUCAGUCGCCAGUCAUUCGCCUCUAUUCCCCAAUAUCAGUGUUCACAGAUACGACCAGAUUUAGCAAACGUUAAAAAAAGCAAUAAAGGAAAAAAGAAACACUUAAGAAAUUGUCCAGAUGUUCCUGUAACUCCUUACUUAUAGUCCUUAGGAGUUAACUGUUGUUUAGUUCAAGUGUGUUACAGGAAAUUAUUUUGUUUAGCUAAGUUAGCAAAGCAUGGCAGACAUCGAUAAGCUCAACAUAGACAGCAUCAUACAACGCCUGCUAGAAGUGAGAGGGUCAAAGCCUGGAAAGAAUGUUCAGCUGCAGGAGAAUGAGAUUCGUGGUCUCUGUCUGAAAUCUCGUGAGAUCUUCCUAAGCCAGCCUAUCCUACUGGAGUUGGAGGCCCCUCUAAAGAUCUGUGGUGACAUCCAUGGGCAGUACUAUGAUCUCUUGAGGCUCUUUGAAUAUGGUGGCUAUCCUCCUGAAAGUAACUACCUGUUCCUUGGGGACUAUGUGGAUCGGGGUAAACAGUCUCUUGAGACCAUCUGCCUUCUGCUGGCAUAUAAAAUCAAAUACCCGGAGAACUUCUUCCUGCUCAGGGGCAACCAUGAAUGCGCCUCAAUCAAUCGCAUCUAUGGUUUCUACGAUGAGUGCCGAAGGCGCUACAAUAUUAAGCUGUGGAAGACAUUUACUGACUGCUUCAACUGCUUACCCAUUGCUGCCAUUGUGGAUGAGAAGAUCUUCUGUUGCCAUGGAGGUUUGUCUCCAGACUUGCAGUCCAUGGAGCAGAUCCGACGCAUCAUGAGGCCCACAGAUGUGCCUGACCAGGGCCUGCUGUGUGACCUACUGUGGUCCGAUCCGGAUAAAGAUGUGCUAGGCUGGGGCGAGAAUGACCGUGGUGUCUCCUUUACUUUUGGUGCUGAAGUUGUGGCCAAAUUUCUCCAUAAACAUGACUUGGACCUGAUCUGCAGGGCCCACCAGGUGGUGGAAGAUGGCUAUGAAUUCUUUGCCAAGAGGCAGUUGGUUACACUGUUUUCUGCACCAAACUAUUGUGGUGAGUUUGACAACGCUGGGGCCAUGAUGAGCGUGGACGAGACCCUCAUGUGUUCUUUUCAGAUUUUAAAGCCAGCAGAGAAGAAGAAGCAGAACUCGAGCCGUCCAGUAACUCCACCACGUAACAUGGUCACCAAGCAGGCAAAGAAAUAAGGCUUGCCACCAGUGCACUGGCCAUUUUUGGACUUUUGCUAUUAUGU